AUGAUGAGUUCUACAGAGGAAGAAGAAGCUCUUAUUAGAGUUGCUGAAGAACCGAACGGACAAGCUCUCCCGCGUAGGGAGCCGAGAGCUUGUAAGUUGUUUGUUGAUUACGUAGAGGUUAUGAUUAGCGACGAUGAAGAUUCUAAAAGCAAGCCAAAGAGAAAACGUGGCAGGCCUCGAAAAAAUCCCGAAGAUCAGAAGACGAAUGUGAAACCGAAGACUAAUCCUGAAGAAGACCAGAAGAGUGAUAAACCGAAGGCUAAACCGGGAAGGCCUCGGAAAAAAACUGAAGAAGUGCAGAAGACGAGUGAUAAACCGAAGGCUAAUCCCAAAGAAAACCAGAAGAUGAAUGAUAAACCGAAGGGUAAUCCUGAAGAAAACCAGAAGACGAAUGAUAAACUGAAGGGUAUUCCGGAAGAUGAGCAGAAGAUAAGUGAUAAACCGAAGGGUAUUCCGGAAGAAGAGGAGAGGAUAAAUGAUAAACCGAAGGCUAUUCCGGAAGAAGAGCAGAAGACGAAUGAUACACCUAAGGCUAAUCCUGAAGAAGACCAGAAGCCGAGUGAUAAACCGAAGGGUAAUCCUGAAGAAGAGCUGAAGACUAAUAAUAAACCGAAGGCUAAUCCUGAAGAAGAGGUGAAGAGUAAUAAUAAACCGAAGGCUAAACCGGGCAGGCCUCGAAAAAACCCUGAAGAAGAGCAGAAGACUAAUGAUACACCUAAGAUUAAACCGGACAGGCCUCGGGAAAAGCCUGAAGAAGAAGAGCAGAAGACGAGUGAUGUUAAACCAAAGGGUAAACGGGGAAGGCCUAGGAAAAAUCCUGAAGAAGAGCAGAAGGCUAGUGAUGUUAAGCCAAAAGGUAAACGAGGAAGGCCAAGGAAAUAUCCUGUAAACGAAGACAACGAAAAGUCAACGGAGAAAGUUGACCAAUGUGUUAACGGAGUGGCUUCCUUAGAGAAGAAGGAGGAUAAUGGAGGUGAAGAAGUUAAAGCUUCUGAUGGAAUGCAAAGGUUCGGAAAGGUUUAUGUGUCACGUAAAAGGCAGUUGAAAGAAGAAAAAGAAGAGGAGAAGAAGGAUGAAGUGGUCUCUGAGGAUCCUGUUAAGAAGCUUAAGCCAUUGGAAGAAGAAAAAGAAGAGAAGAAGGAGAAGGAUGAAGUGGUUUCUAAAGUUCUUGUUAAGAAACUUAAGAGGCCUCGGAAAGUUUUGGUUGGUUGUAACAACAAAGACGAGGAAAACGCUGAAGAAUCCGAGUCCUUGAUGUGUCAUCAGUGUCAACGAAAUGAUAAUGGGGAGGUUGUAAGGUGUCAGACCUGCAAGAGGAAGCGUUAUUGCCACUUGUGCUUAAAAAAUUGGUACCCUAACAUUCCACAUGAAGACAUUGCCACGAAAUGCCCAUUUUGUUGGAAUACUUGCAAUUGCAGAGCAUGUUUGCGUCUAGAUACUAAAAUGGAAUUAAAUUCAGACCUCGUGGUUAGCAAGGAUGAAACAGUUCAAUGCUCUAAGUAUAUUCUGCAAAAGCUUCUCCCACAUUUGAAGGAAAUAAAUGAUGAACAAGUUCUUGAGAAGGAAGCUGAGGCAAAUAUAUUAGGACGGGAUGUUGGAGAGGUGAAGCCUGAAGACGCUAAAUGUAACCCUGGCGAAAGACUAUACUGUGAUAGCUGCCAGACUGCGAUCUUUGAUCUUCAUAGACAUUGCUCGAUCUGUAGUUCUGAUAUAUGCAUUGCAUGUUCCAUGGAGAUACGAAAUGGAAAGCUUCAGGCAAGUCAGGAGGAUGUUUCGUGGGAUUACAUUAGCAGAGGUUUCGAUUAUCUACAUGGAGGAAAAGCAAAAAUUGUUAAACCUACGGAUGAUAACCUGGACCUGGAAUCAUCACUUGCUAUUGUCAAGUCCCCAUCUACUUGGAAAGCAGAUGAAACUGGAAUCAUUACUUGCUAUUGUGGUGAGGGGAUAUUAGAGUUGAAACGUGUACUUCCUGAUGGUUUUGUAUCAGAAUUGGUCAAAAAAGUUGAAGAAAUUGUUGAAGCCAACAAGCUUUUUGAUUUACCUGAACUGGCUACAAAGAGAUGCCCUUGUUUUAACUCUGAGGGGCAUAUUGACAUGGAAACCAACAAAAACUUGUUAAAGGCUGCAUGUCGAGAAGGAUCAGAAGACAAUUAUCUAUAUUUUCCAAGUGUUCAUGAUGAUGAUCUGAAGCAUUUUCAGCAUCAUUGGGCAAAAGGAGAGCCUGUGAUUGUGAGGAACGUGCUUGAGGCUACAGCUGGUUUAAGCUGGGAACCAGGUGUUAUGCAUCGUGCCUGCCGUCAGAUAAGAAGUACCAAGCAUGAAACACUUCUAGACGUUAGUGCUAUUGAUUGUCUGGACUGCUGUGAGGGAUCGGUUAAUCUUGGGGAAUUCUUUGCCGGUUACAAAAAAGGCCGUUAUGAUCGUGAGGGUUGGCCAAGUGUUCUGAAACUGAAAGAUUGGCCUCCAUCGAAGAGCUUCAGUGAAAACUUGCCACGUCACUGUGAGGAGUUCUUAUGCAGUUUGCCUUUGAAGCUGUAUACCCACCCGCGUGAUGGGCCUUUAAAUCUCGCUGCGAAGUUGCCUGAUGAGUGCUUGAAGCCAGACAUGGGACCAAAGACUUACGUUGCUUAUGGAUUUGCGCAAGAAAUGGGCCGUGGAGAUUCAGUAACCAAGCUUCACUGCGACAUGUCUGAUGCGGUUAAUGUGCUGACACACAUAAGUGAAGUGACCAUCAAAGAGGAUGAAAAGAAAGCUAAAAUGGAAAAAAUGAAAACACUGAAAAAGAAGCACACUGAACAAGAUGUUAAGGAGCUGUUUUGCUCGGUUCCUAACUACAAGGAAAAGAUGCAGAUUCUUGAAAUCACUGGUGAAGAAGAAGUCAAGAACCUUGAUGCUGAUGGAGGAGCUCUUUGGGACAUUUUCCGUAGAGAAGAUGUUCCGAAAUUAGAGAAAUACCUUCUGAAUCAUCACCAUGAGUUCCGGCAUUUCUUUUGCUCCCCUGUGUCUAAGGUGGUUCAUCCAAUACAGGAUCAGUCUUUCUAUCUGACGCGUUAUCAUAAAAUGAUUUUGAAAGAAGAAUACGGCAUUGAGCCAUGGACCUUUGUUCAGAAGCUUGGAGAUGCUGUGUUGAUACCUGUAGGAUGCCCUCAUCAAGUCAGGAACUUGAAGUCUUGUACAAAGGUGGCGCUUGACUUUGUCUCACCUGAAAAUAUCAGUGAAUGUUUCCGUUUAACAAAGGAGUAUCGUUUGCUACCUCCCAACCAUCAUUCAAAAGAGGACAAGUUGCAGAUAAAGAAUAUGGUAGUGUUUGCAAUCGAUCAGGCUCUCACAGACUUGGAUCCAAAUUAUAAGUCUCCUGUAGCCAAAGAGGAGAAGAAGGUGACGACGAGUGGAAGGAAACGUAAAAAGUGA